GACAACCACAACAACCACAGCAGCUGAGCGAACAACACUGCUGUAACAACCUCAAGAACCUCGUAACAGCCUCAGCAAGUCAGCAGGCACACAGGCGAUCGUCCGCACCGCGCUCGCUGUUGCCCUGUGGUGCACCCCUCCGCAAAGGCACAGAAGACUACCUCCUCUCUCGAUUUACACAAAGCAUCUUACAGUCACACGAACGCGCAUUUACCGUCCCUCGAAGCCUCAAGCACUCCAAACCUCUAGAAACCUCGCCAGCACCCCCGCCAUCCAAAGCAAAAUGAGUGUACACGCGAGCGAGUGGGCGCUGGUUGCAGAGCAGCUGCUUGUGCCGCCGCCAAUUACAGUUGACGCACAGGUGGAGGCAGCGGUUGAUGUCGACGUGUAUUGUGUUCGCGUUAGACGCGACAUUGCUCGCACCUUCUUCAACCUCAUGUUGACGUGCCGUGAGCUGUACCACGACUUGCCAUGGGCCAUGCCAAAGUGGUGCCUUUACAAUGUGUUUGCCGAUGCUGUCGUGUGCGCUUACCCCUCGACCUUGGAGAAAAGCAUCAGAGAGACACCGCGGGUAGUCAAAGACUGGAUCGAUACAUUCCAGGUGGAGCGGGACGCCCUGUACGCUUGGUAUCAGUCCCAGGACAGUGACGAAGCGACGGAUACAGACGCUGUUUGCACGGAUAUUGGCGCUUGGCUGCAGAACCGAUUUCUCGUGCACUGCUGGCUCGGCGUCACAUGGGACAGCUCCUGCUCCUUCCUCACGGCACAAGUGCACGAUGCCCGGUUCUGGCACAAAUUCAGGCAAUGCGGUCGGCUCUGGUUCGGCGUGCUCAGCGCGCUUGAGAAGUGGGACGAGAGCGUGCAACGACACGAACAAGGGCAGAACCGCAGUGAUACAGCACAUGGAUUGGAAGACGCGUGCGAGAAACACGAACAACACUUCAAACAGCCCCGCGCUGACGCAGUGCCAUCGAAGAAGCCGCAGCACCAAGCAGAACACGAGGAGGAGGGCAAGGAAGAAGAUGCGAAAGGGGACGAAGAAGAAAUUCAGCACAAGCAACAGCACCAGCGACAUGAGCACCACCGGCAAUACGAGCACCAGCAACACCAACGAUGUGCUCUUCGCGCUGCUCCUGCGGUGUUCUCUCUCAGGACUGAGCUCUUCAAACAGGAAGAUGCCGAUCUUUGGCAUAAGCUUCGCACGACCACGCUUGCAGGCGUGCGAGGAGAAUAUGUGUACCUGACCGCAGGCAAAGCGAACUUCACCUUAAUUAAGGCGUGCGACAUCACCAUCUUCAUUCUCUCGGACAGAUUUGAUUAUGCCUCGUACGAUGUCGAUGUGCGUGAUGUGGACCAGUUUUGUUGGAGUGCAACAACAGGACAUUUGGCGAGUCGCUGUAACUUGCAGCGUGUGCGAUGCAUUGACUUCUCCGCCAUGUGGGACACCAUCGAUGACCUGAGCUACCUCGCCGAGGGCAGGUUGGCCAGGGUGAGCCUCUCAAGCACGUUUGGUGAGACAAGCGACCUCACGCCGGUGAUUGGUGCAGAGGAGCUGCUUCUUGACAAGUUCAAGUGUUCACGUGGACAGGAGGCCAUUGCAGCCGCAAAAAUCUUGGAGCUGCGCGCCUCGCCGCUUGAAAUCAACACGUUGAACGCAACCCACGUGUCGUUUCGUGGCCUCAGGACCGUCCCUGAUGUGUUACACCUCCCCAACGCCACACACAUUGAGCUGCUCAACAACUCAAACGUGAAGCGGCUCACGUGCCCGAGCCACAUUACCGAGCUUGAAAUUGACGACAACUCGCCGUCGCCACCGUUGUUGCCCGACUUUGAACACGCAGGCCUGGUGAGGUUUGCGAGCACGGCUGCAGAACCCGUUGUGCUUCCACCGGAGCAGCUGGCUGCCCUUGGCCGCCGUGUGGACAGGCUGAUCCUCGGACACUGUGUUGAGGACAUCCGAAGUCUGAACGCCAUCCCGAGCCAUGUCGUCGUGUUUUUGACAACAAGGCACGUGAAUGCGCCAGUGCCACCGUGUGUUCGGCUGCUCAAGGUGCAUUUCAAGUGCGACAUUCAUUGCAGCUUCAUGCAACACGUGCCGCAGUUAUUGCUUGAGCAAGACACAGACGAUGAUGAGGGUGAAGGAGCCGUUACCGUGCACGACCUGCACUUGCUGUCUGGGCGAAAGCUGCUUGACCUCAUGACAUGCAGAGUCGAGGGAGACAUUACCGACUGCGAGCACGUGCGCCUGAGCUCCUGCCAAGGAUCUGUCGCCAUGGCGUCGAUCACCUCGCUGCACAUCGAGAGAGCCACCGUUGCCGGACUGACCACAGCGCUCCACCGGCAGUCGAGGGAGGGGGAGACGAAUCGGCUGGCGAAAUCUGGCGCACGGAGGAAUGGUGGUGGUGAUGACGAUGAUGGUGAUGGCGAUGACGGCGGUUGUGGUGGUGGUGGUGAUUGUCGUGGAGAUGAUUGUCGUGGUGAUGGUGGUGCUGACAAAGACAGUGGUAAGAGUGCUUCUACUACUGCUGUUGAUGAUGACGAUAAUGACGAUGAUGACGAUGAUGAUGACGAUCGCUCUGCGUGGCAACAACAAGUUAGCAGAAGCGUGAACGUCAGCCUCAUAAAGGACGUGCGCCACUGCCGGCUCUUUGGGUGUGCCAUCAGCGAUUUUGCGUGCAUCAGCAACGUGCAGCGUCUCCUGCUGGUUGACUGCACGUUUGACUGCGUGGACAGCCUUCCACCCUUCCCGGCGCUCGUGUUGGAAGAUUGCUGGACCAACUCAUUGGAAUGGCGAUGGCCCGACGCGACAUUCGUAAACCAGUCGCCAGAAGAGAUGAGGCGGAUUCUGCUGGAAGCCGGGUUGCGUAUGAACGGGAAGCUCUAGCCAUGGUUAGCCGUCGUUUGCAGUCUUCUCUUGUCGGAGAGGGCAGGGUGCGUGUGUGUGUGUGUGUGCGUGCGUGUGUGUGUGUGUGCGUGUGUGUGUGUGUGUGUGUGUGCGUGUGUGUGUGUGUGUGUGUGGGCGU